UCCAGGUCCUUCCAGACUUCUCUCUAUCCCUCAUCAAAAGCCCCUUCGUCUCCUCCGAAUUCCUCACUUGCAGAUUGCUCAGGAUUUCACAAGUUCAUCGAAUCUCUCGUCGAGCUGUUCAGUUUUUUACAUUGUCAAAUUCUCAAGGAAAAGGAAUCUGUCUGUUUCUCGGGAAAAGUUUACUGAGAAGAAGAAACCCAAUUGUCGAUUUCUCAAGGUUAUUGUGGGAAUCAGAGGUAUAAGUAGAGAUGAAUCCUGAGAAGUUCACUCACAAGACCAAUGAAGCCAUUGCCACUGCUCAUGAACUGGCGAUGAAUGCUGCUCACGCACAAUUCACCCCCCUUCACCUCGCAGCUGCUCUGAUCUCCGAUUCUGCUGGGAUCUUCCCUCAAGCGGUUUCGAGCGCAGGAGGCGAAAACGCCGCUCAGUCAGCCGAGCGAGUGAUCAAACAAGCCCUGAAGAAGCUCCCGUCCCAGUCACCGCCUCCCGACGAUAUUCCGGCAAGCACGAGCCUGAUCAAGGUGAUCCGCCGCGCUCAGGCCGCUCAGAAAUCUCGCGGUGACUCACAUUUGGCCGUGGACCAGUUGAUUCUUGGUCUUCUUGAAGAUUCUCAGAUCGGGGACUUGCUGAAAGAAGCCGGUGUUGCUGCUUCUAGAGUGAAGUCUGAGGUCGAGAAGCUUCGUGGGAAGGAAGGGAAGAAGGUUGAGAGUGCUUCAGGGGACACAAAUUUUCAAGCUCUGAAGACUUACGGAAGAGAUUUAGUCGAACAAGCCGGGAAACUCGAUCCCGUGAUUGGCCGAGACGAGGAGAUCAGAAGGGUUAUUAGGAUUCUCUCUCGAAGAACGAAGAACAAUCCCGUCCUUAUUGGCGAACCAGGUGUCGGAAAAACUGCUGUUGUGGAAGGUCUGGCUCAGAGGAUCGUGAAGGGAGAUAUUCCUAACAAUCUUUCCGACGUGAGGCUCAUUGCUUUGGACAUGGGAGCACUGGUUGCCGGAGCGAAAUACCGAGGGGAGUUUGAAGAAAGAUUGAAGUCUGUACUGAAAGAAGUCGAGGAGGCUGACGGGAAAGUGAUCCUCUUUAUAGAUGAGAUUCACUUAGUUCUUGGCGCCGGUAGAACAGAAGGGUCGAUGGAUGCAGCCAAUCUCUUCAAGCCGAUGCUUGCGAGAGGUCAGCUUCGAUGUAUUGGAGCUACUACCCUCGAGGAGUAUCGGAAAUACGUAGAGAAAGAUGCUGCCUUCGAAAGAAGGUUCCAGCAAGUUUACGUGGCCGAGCCUAAUGUCCCCGACACCAUUAGUAUCCUCCGAGGUUUGAAGGAGAAAUAUGAGGGGCAUCACGGUGUUCGCAUCCAGGACAGGGCUCUUGUCGUGGCUGCUCAGCUGUCUGCACGUUACAUCACUGGUCGGCAUUUACCCGAUAAGGCGAUUGAUUUGGUCGACGAGGCGUGUGCUAAUGUUAGAGUCCAGCUUGAUAGCCAGCCUGAAGAAAUCGAUAACCUCCAGAGGAAAAGGAUCCAGUUGGAGAUUGAGCUCCAUGCCCUCGAGAGGGAGAAGGACAAAGCGAGUAAAGCUCGGCUCGUGGAGGUGCGGAAAGAGCUUGAUGACUUGAGGGACAAACUUCAGCCGUUGACGAUGAAGUACAGGAAGGAGAAAGAAAGAAUCGAUGAGAUUCGGAGGCUGAAACAGAAGAGAGAGGAGCUAAUAUUUGCCCUGCAGGAGGCCGAGAGGCGUUAUGAUCUUGCCCGAGCUGCUGAUUUGCGGUAUGGGGCAAUCCAAGAAGUGGAAUCCGCAAUUGCUCAGCUCGAACCGAGUUCCGAAGAGAAUUUGAUGCUCACGGAAACUGUUGGGCCGGAACACAUUGCUGAGGUCGUUAGCCGGUGGACGGGAAUUCCAGUGACGAGACUCGGCCAGAAUGAGAAGGAGAGGCUGAUUGGUCUCGCCGAUAGGUUGCACCAGAGGGUCGUGGGACAGGACCAAGCGGUGACCGCUGUUGCUGAGGCAAUUUUAAGGUCGAGAGCCGGGCUAGGAAGGCCACAGCAACCGACAGGUUCGUUCCUCUUCUUGGGUCCAACGGGUGUUGGGAAAACCGAGCUUGCUAAGGCCCUUGCUGAGCAACUCUUUGACGAUGAGAACUUGCUAGUGAGAAUUGAUAUGUCAGAGUACAUGGAACAACACUCUGUUUCUCGCCUCAUUGGUGCACCGCCUGGGUACGUCGGUCACGAGGAAGGCGGGCAGCUAACCGAGGCUGUGAGGCGGCGGCCUUACAGCGUCAUACUGUUCGAUGAAGUGGAGAAAGCACAUGUUGCAGUGUUCAACACUCUGCUUCAAGUCCUAGACGAUGGGAGAUUAACCGAUGGACAAGGCAGGACAGUUGAUUUCAGAAACACGGUGAUCAUCAUGACCUCGAACCUUGGGGCCGAGCACCUACUCUCGGGGCUCACAGGGAAGGUCUCGAUGCAAGUGGCUCGGGACCGGGUGAUGCAGGAAGUGAGAAAGCACUUCAGGCCCGAGCUAUUGAACCGUCUGGAUGAGCUCGUCGUCUUCGACCCUCUCUCGCAUGAGCAAUUGAGGAAAGUCGCCCGGCUCCAGAUGAAGGAUGUCGCCGUGAGGCUGGCAGAGAGAGGGGUGGCGCUGGCGGUCACGGAUGCUGCCUUGGACGUGGUUUUGGCCGAGAGUUAUGACCCGGUGUACGGAGCGAGGCCCAUAAGGAGGUGGCUUGAGAAGAGGGUUGUGACCGAGCUUUCGAGGAUGCUUGUGCGGGAAGAAAUCGAUGAGAACUCGACGGUGUACAUAGACGCGGGUGUGGGAGGGAGCGAUCUUGGGUAUCGGGUGGAGAGGAACGGAGGGCUUGUGGAUGCGGAGACGGGGCGGAAGUCAGACGUGCUAAUUCAGGUCCCGAAUGGGCCGAGGAAGAGUGAGGCGGCUCAGGCGGUGAAGAAGAUGAAGAUUCAGGAGGUGGUAGACGAUGACGAUGAAGAGAUGGUUGAAGACUGAAGUUUGUGUUUUUGAUAAACUUUUGCGGUUUUAAACUUUUUUUGUCAUUGUCUUGUGGGGGUUUUUUUUUUUUUUUUUUUUUUUUGUGGUGUGUAAUAACUGAUAUUAACAAAGAUGUUGUGAAGUGGAGA